AUGUGGUCUACUGGUCAUGGUUACAGCCUUUCGGCCAUUCUGUACGUUAAAAAUAAAUUUUCUUUAGCGAACGAAAGGUCAUCGUACUUCCUCAAUAUGACACUGAUGAAUGGAAGUUCAGUUUACUUUGGCCUAUGGAAUUUUACGAAUGAAUUACUACUUCCUUGGCGUAAUUAUUGUGAAACCGUUUAUACAAAGGCCAAAAUAGUUACCGGCUUUUCCAAUAUGCUUUCCGCUGUGGAAUCAAGGAAGUUUAACUUGUCUGGUGAGAAUGUGACCAAUGAAGGCUUGGCAAGAAUGGCGAGACAUUGGGUGACAUUAUUUUUGAAAUUUAGACUUAAACACACCAAUCUGACGUCGGCCACAUGCCCGAUGACCAGCAUCAUAAAGGAGAUCAUUUACUCCAUCAGUCGUGCACAAAAGUUAAAAGGGAAAGAGCGCAAUUUAAACAAACGAGGUACCAUUCAUCACCUACUCAGUAGUGGUGAGGAUUUUCAAUGGAUAGAGGCUAAACAUAAUCACGGUAUAUACAAUCCAAAAGCUGCAAAUGAUAUUCACUUCAUGCUCAGAAGAGACGAAAUGAAAAUAUUUGAACAAACAGUAAAGGUACUCUCAAUUUCUCAUUUCACUCAACUUAAAAAACGGAACAAAAACAGCUCUUCCCCACAACAAAAAACUUAUAGUUACGGAUGCCAAAUACUUAGGAGAAAACCAGCUCAAAGCGAAAAAAAAGGAAAAGCAACCUACAAUUAG